AUGCCGCCAACUCAGCUUAACGAUCCCGCCGAAUAUCAGAAAAUAUUUCACUGGGCCGAGACCCAGAAGAAUGGCACCAUCCCAUCCUUUGCGACCAGGAAGAACGAUCCGUACCAGUACCAGCCCGGGUUCAACAACUUCUUCGAGUCCGAGGCCGUGCCUGGCACGAUUCCUCGAGGGCAAAACAGCCCGCGAUGCGUGCGCUUUGGCCUGUACGCAGAGCAGCUGACUGCCUCGGCCUUUGUAGCGCCCAGGCAUCUGAACAAGAAGGCGUGGCUGUACAGGGCACGGCCGGCCGUCGCCCACCAAGGCUUCACGGAUUUGCCCGACAACAAAGACACGGAAAGCAACUUCCUCAGCAUCAAUCCGCGGGUCCACGUCUCGCCCACGCAGCUGGCUUGGACGCCUCUCGACAUCCCCCCCGAAAGCGAAGAGGUCGACUUCAUCUCGGGCCUAAAGACCAUUGCCGGCAGCGGCGACCCGACACUGCGCGAAGGGCUAGCCACGCACGUCUACGUCGCCAACAAGAGCAUGACGAAGAAAGCGUUUGUGAACAGCGACGGCGACUUCCUCAUCGUGCCGCAGCAAGGCGCGCUGGACAUUCAAACCGAGUUCGGGCCGCUGUACGUACAGCCGGGGGAGAUCUGCGUGAUCCAGCGCGGGCAGCGGUUCCGCGUGGCCAUCGACGGCCCCACGCGCGGCUACAUCCUCGAGGUCUGGGGCGCCAACUGGGAGCUCCCGGAACUGGGGCCGCUGGGGGCCAACGGGCUGGCCAACGCGCGCGACUUCCUGCACCCGACGGCGGCGUACGACGUGACGCGCGACGACCCGUGGAGCAUCGUGUACAAGCUGGGCGGCAAGUUCUUCGAGUCGCGGCAGCAGCACAGCCCGUUUGACGUGGUGGCCUGGCACGGCAACUACGUGCCGUUCAAGUACGACCUGACGAAGUUUGUGAACGUGGGCAGCAUCAGCGUCGACCACAUGGACCCGUCCAUCUUCUGCGUGCUGACGGCGCGGUCGCGCGACCCCGCCGCCCCCCUCGCCGACUUCCUCAUCUUCUCGCCCCGCUGGGACGUCGCGAGCCACACGUACCGCCCGCCCUACUACCACCGCAACGCCGCGUCGGAACUCAUGGGCCUGGUGUACGGCGACUACGGCGGCCGCUCCGACGCCUUCCGCCCCGGCAGCAUCAGCUUCGAGUGCGGCAUGGUGCCGCACGGCGUCGCGUACGAGGAGUUCAAGGCCGCGACCGCGGCCGACGUCCCCGAGUCCCGCAUCUCGGAGCAAAGCGUCGCGUUCAUGUUCGAGAGCAGUAGGCCCUUCACCGUGACCGAGUUUGCGUGGCGCAGCGAUAAGCGCCAUGAGCAUGAGCCCAGCAUGUGGGACAGCUUGGUAGACAACUUCUCGAAGCACACGGACGAGGUCGAGGCUAUUCUGCGCGACGGCAUCAAGGGGCUGAGUGUUGGGAAUGGGCCGGCGCGCUGA